GUCAUCGGGCUCCAAGCCCUUAGCUUGGCGAGGCGACAAAGGGUCCAUCCGCGAGGGGACUCUCCAGAGAGAGGGGGCGCGCGGCAAAGGUGGGGGAGGGAUGAGAGAGAAAGACCCACCUUCCCAGGAUUAAAAAAAAAAUUUCCUCCAAGUUGUGUGACGGGGGCAAUAGGAAGUGAGGGACAGACCCGGUGAGCUGGAAAAGGCAGCGCCCGAGGGCGGCGGCCCCGAGCCGGCGGAUUCCAGUGCCCCGCGUCGCCUUCUCCGCCGGUGCCCCGACGCCGCCCCGCGCCGCGCAAGUCCCGGCGGAGGCCGCGCAGAGCUGUCGAGAUGGGUGAGUCAAAUGAAGAUAUAGACCAAAUGUUCAGCAAUUUGCUGGGAGAGAUGGAUCUUCUGACCCAGAGUUUAGGAGUGGACACCCUUCCUCCUCCUGACCCUAAACCGCCCAGAGCUGAAUUUAACUUUAGUGUGGGCUUUAAGGACUUAAAUGAGUCCUUAAAUGCCCUGGAAGACCAAGAUUUGGAUGCUCUCAUGGCAGACCUUGUAGCCGACAUAAGCGAAGCUGAGCAGAGGACAAUCCAGGCGCAGGAGUCCUCUCAGAGUCAGUGUCCCCCGGCAUCUGUGGACGUGUCACCUCUCAGCAGUGCAGCCUCUCUCGGUGCUGGAGCAAAUGUUACUGCAAUUAGUAUUAGCCAAUAUAAGGAUGAUUUACCACCUCCACCGGCUGAUCCCACGUUAGACCUUCCUCUGCCACCCCCACCUCCUGAACCUCUCUCUCAGGAAGAGGAAGAAGCCCAGGCCAAAGCUGAUAAAAUUAAGCUGGCGUUGGAAAAACUGAAGGAGGCCAAGGUCAAGAAGCUUGUCGUCAAGGUGCACAUGAAUGACAACAGCACGAAGUCAUUGAUGGUGGAUGAGCGGCAGUUGGCCCGAGAUGUCUUAGACAACCUUUUUGAGAAAACCCAUUGUGACUGCAAUGUAGACUGGUGUCUUUAUGAAAUAUACUCAGAACUACAAAUCGAAAGGUUUUUUGAGGACCAUGAAAAUGUUGUUGAAGUCUUAUCAGAUUGGACAAGAGACACGGAAAAUAAAGUGUUAUUUUUGGAGAAAGAGGAAAAAUAUGCUGUAUUUAAAAACCCCCAGAAUUUUUACUUGGAUAGCAAAGGAAAAAAAGAAAGCAAGGAACCAAGUGAAAAAAUGAAUGCUAAGAACAAGGAAUGCUUACUUGAGGAAAGUUUCUGUGGAACAUCCAUCAUUGUGCCAGAGUUGGAAGGAGCUCUUUAUUUGAAAGAAGAUGGAAAGAAAUCGUGGAAAAGGCGCUAUUUUCUUUUACGGGCUUCUGGAAUUUAUUAUGUACCCAAAGGAAAGACUAAGACAUCUCGUGAUCUGGCAUGUUUCAUACAGUUUGAAAAUGUCAACAUUUACUAUGGGAUUCAGUGUAAAAUGAAAUAUAAAGCCCCCACUGACCACUGCUUUGUUUUAAAGCAUCCCCAAAUCCAGAAGGAGUCCCAGUAUAUCAAAUAUCUGUGCUGUGAUGAUGCAAGAACUCUAAACCAGUGGGUCACUGGAAUAAGGAUCGCCAAGUAUGGAAAGACCCUUUAUGAUAACUAUCAGCGGGCGAUGGCCAGGGCUGGCCUUGCCUCCCGGUGGACAAACCUGGGCACUGUCAACACAGGUCCCCCAGCGCCACCUCCUACAGGACUCAAGACAGACACCAGCCACGCCAAUGGUCAGAUUCCCCAAGCUGCACAUCCCAUGAGCUCUGUUGUUGAGGAAGCCCAGACACAGGCUGAACUAAUGAGGGACAAGAAGCCAGCCCAUGGCACCCACGACCCAGGAGCGCCCCGGGACCAUCACCUUCCCAAGUCCAGCCUGCCGCCGCCACCCCCUGUGCGCCGGUCUUCGGACACGGGCGGCAGCCCUGUGAUCCCCGCCAAGGCCAAGCCCCCCUGCGGCUUCCCGGCCCCGCCCGACGCCCUCCUGCUGCUGCCGCCGCCACCGCCACCGCCUCUAGGGAACGACCAGCUCCCUCCACCUCCCCCUGAUUUUAUCGAGGCGCCCCCAGAUUUCGUGCCCCCGCCUCCACCAUCCUUUGCGGGGGACCCAGGGUCCGCGUUACCGCCGCCGCCUCCGCCGCCCCCCGCCCUCACCCCUGAAGCCACGAGGCCCCUCACUGCCGCCAGGAGGCCUCCGGUUCCUCCAAAGAGGCAAGAGAACCCGGGACCACCCUGUGUGGGAGGAAGCGGGGAGCAGGAUUUCAUGUCAGAUCUCAUGAAGGCACUGCAGAAGAAGAGAGGCAACAUCUCUGUGUGAUCAGUGUAAUCAUGUCUUACUUCAAGUGCAUUUUUGCUACUUUAUUUUCUUGAUACCUUGUUCAUUUUAGACAAAAUAUUUAAGAAUUCAGAUUAGAAAUUAUGUAAACCGCCACACUGUGGCUCAGGUACAUUCAUAAUCAUUAACUGAACACAGAAUUGACAAUAUCUGCCUAAAUGUAUCUUUCCUAUGUGUUUCCACUUCAGUAGGAAUUAUCUUCCCAGUUAACUAAAAUGAUGUUUUAUGUUCACUAAUUUUAUUAUGCUUGGAAGCAAUUAACAAAAGUUUUUCAAAGGGAAGUUCCUGAAGAUGGUAUUUCUAAAAAGAUCAGUGUCAAGAUGUCAUUGUCACCAAAUUAUUUAAUAAACAUAAUGGAAGUCCAAUCAAAAUCCUGUUACGAAUUUUUUUUGAAUAAACAUAGAAUCUAGGAAAAUAAAAUAAUUUUUUUAAAAAGAGAAAUGGUUCCUCUGAGAUCGGGAACAAGACAGGGAUGUCCACUCUCCCCACUGUUAUUCAACUUGGUACUGCAGGUCCUAGCCACGGCAAUCAGACAAAACAAAGAAAUACAAGGAAUCCAGAUUGCUAAAGAA